AUGUUCAGAUCUCCUUCCUUGGCUUCUAGAAUUGCCAAGGCUUCUUCUGCCCCACUAUUGAAACAGCCUGCUAACGGCUUUUUUGCUAGAAGAUACAUCUCCAACACUCAAAAGACAUCGACUGGUGCUGCUGUCCAUGCACAUCAUACGUCACCAAAACAGAAUACCGACAGCUAUCUGGAUACGUUGAACACAUCUGAGCUUCUAGGCUAUGGUAUUAUCGGUAUGUGCACUUUGUCCAAGCCGAUAUUGAACUUGGCCAUUAGGGUUUUCCCUUACACUCCUCUAUGGGUUAUCAAAGCAUUAGUGUACAAAAACUAUUGUGGUGGAGAUACUUUACCCGAGAUGAUGAAGACGGGUGAAAGGCUUAGCCAGAGAGGAAUUAGGAAUAUGAUGGUUUCCUAUACUUUGGAAGCCUGUGAUGGUAAGAAAAUGUCUGUGAGCAUCGAGAAGAUUAUUGAGGAGACCAGAAGAUCUAUCAGAGAACUUUUGGUUCCUCACACUGUGAAGAUGAUUCAACAGACUGGCGCUGAGAAUAUCAACAGUAUUCCUCCAGGAUACGUUGCAUUGAAACCCACAGCUUUGAUUGAGAAUGCUGCCGAUAUCUUGCUCCAUUACCAGGAGCCCGCCUAUAAGGCCAGAUACGAGCAACUAUUGAACACCUGUAGCGAUAUUGUCAAGGUUGCAGAAGAUGCCAACGCUUCUUUGCACAAACAAUACCCAGGCAGAAAGUCACCCUUUAUUGUGGUCAUCGUCGAUGCAGAGCGUAACGAUCUUCAGCAAGCAGUUUAUAAGCUUCAGAGAGAUUUAUUUGCACGUUUCAACAAUCUUGAACCUACUGUAGUUGGUACAAUGCAGAUGUAUUUGAAAGAAUCGACUCCAAACUUGAUCAAGGAGAGUGAAUUGGCCAAAAAAGGAGGCUAUUUGUUGGGCUGGAAAUUGGUCAGAGGUGCUUACAUUCACACUGAGCCAAAUAGAGCUGUCAUUCAUGACACUAAGGCAGACACAGAUGCUAAUUAUGAUGCAGGUAUUACUAGAACUUUGGCUGAAAUGUGCUCUACCAAACCUACCGUAGGCCAUCUAGUUGUCGCUUCUCAUAACUCGGAUACACAAAGAAUGGCCACAGAUUUGCUCGAUAAGGUGAGUAAUGAAAAGGUCAGGGCCAAUGUAGUGUUGGGCCAAUUGCUUGGUAUGGGUGAUAACGUUACCUACUACUUGACUACUCAUAGAAAUGUUAAGAACAUUAUCAAGUACGUUCCUUGGGGGCCUCCUCUCGAAACCAAAGACUACCUUUUGAGAAGACUCGAAGAAAAUGGCGAUGCUGUUAGAGCAGACAGCGGCUGGCCAUUGCUAAAAGGUGUUGCCAAGACUCUGUUCAAAAGAGUCUUUUAA